AUGCAAUUAGGAUAUAAUGAAAUAAUGAUUGUCUCGAAGUAUUUUGAAGAUAUUAAUGAUUUUAUUAAUUUAGAAAUUGGAAUUAAAAGAUUUCAAGGAAAUAUGGAACGAUUUCAUUUUAAUCCAAUUCCAUUGAAUCAACAUUCAAGAAAAUUGUUUCCUAAUAUUGAAACAUUUCAUAUUUAUAAUAAAGAAGAUGAAAUAUUUAAAGAAGGAAGAAUAAUUAAAUAUGUAAUAUGGUAUGAUGUGAGUUAUUCAAGAUAUUUAAAAGAGAAAAAAGAAAUGAAUGAAUAUAAAAAUAUCGCAUAUACACAAGAAGAUAGAAAUACAUAUGGAAAUACAAUACCAAUAGAAGUUAAAUCACUUGGAUUUAGAUGUUUUUAUAGAUGUUAUGAUAUUCAAUCAAUUAAUAUACCAACAAAUGUUAGUAAAAUAGGAAAUUAUUGUUUUAAAUAUUGUUCAUCAUUACAAACAAUUGAAAUACCAACAAGUAUUAGUAAAAUAGGAGGUAGUUGUUUUAGUGAAUGUUAUUCAUUGACAUCACUUAAUAUUCCAACAAGUGUAAUUGAAAUAGGAGAUGAUUGUUUUAUUCGAUGUUCAUCAUUAACAUCAAUUAAUAUAGAAGAUAUAAAAUAUAUAAGUGAAGAAAGAAUAUUUAUGAAUGAAGCAGUGUUAAUUAGUAUUGAAAUACCAAAGAAU